CUUGUGUUCGUUAUCUCUUCUGUAGCUCGCACGGUGGAAAAGAAAAUAAACCUCUAGAGAAAGUGAUUUUGUUUGCCCAACUACUAUUGACCGCCCGGAGCAAAAUAGUGCGAGUUCGAAGGAUUAUGUGAAUCUUGAAUUCCGAACGAAAGACAAUGACUUGUUAGAUAUUGCGUAAGCACAAAUAAACAGAAUAUCAGUGUUUAAAAAAAUCGAGUUAUCACCACCCAUCGAGGGAGAAAGCCUUGAUAAGCCGACUGGAGAUAAAUUGCCGACCAUGACCACCCUCUUUGCCCGUGUGUUCCGCCAAGCAAAAGUAACUUUCGAGCAGGCCAAUGCCGAAAGAUUCCUCAACAAUUUACAGAACCUACGUGCGUUGAUGGAUCAGCUAACGUUGGCCGAUCUGAAUCUGGAUCCGAUGGUAGUAUCCCACGAAACGUUUCAAUUACCAACCAAAGCGCCCUGUACAUUUAUCGAUAUUUUCGAAAACACCUAUUUCACGAUGUCGGUGUUUGUGUUGCGGGAGAAUUACACGAUGCCAUUGCAUGACCAUCCCCGUAUGCACGGUCUUUUAAAGGUGGUGGCCGGAACGGUCAAAAUACAAAGCUACACGGAAAUCGAUCGUAGGGAGCAGACCCGAAAUGGAGACGAACUUCGCCACGUGCUGGUCAAUGUGGAGCAGGAAAGGGUCAUCGGUGUUAACAAGGGUGAAUGCGCUAUGCUUACGCCAGCGGAGCGUAAUUUCCAUGAGAUAACUGCCGUCGGUGGGCCGGCAGCAUUUUUCGACAUUUUAAGUCCACCGUACAACGCAGAUAUUCCCGUGUAUGGCAAGCGAACUUGUUCUUUCUAUAGGAAACUACUAGUGCACGGUGACGGUACCAGCAACGAUGGUCGCAAACGGACGGUGCUAGAAAAGAUUGCCACACCAGACCACUACUACUGUGAUACCGAGCAUUACGAAACCCCGGAAUUUAUGUUUACGAGCGCUACCAGUAAAUAAGAGAUCAAUCGAACGAGAACGUGAGUGAGCAAUCGGAAUGAAGCAUUGACGCAUUUCUUACUACCUAGGUUGGAAAGGAACAUACAUGUCGUACCUAGGCAGCACAAUAACAAUGACUAAACAUACAUUUUCAAUAAAGAAACACAAAUCUUAAAAAAAUUGAUUAGGACUAGGUCGACUAGUAUAUUAGUAGUUGUAGCCGAUUUUCCUGUACAAUUAACAAAUUUUGUUAGCCGAUCUGGAAAUAUUACUCGCCGUAUCCUCGUAGUAUUUAUCUUCAUAAUUAGGUUUUUAGUUGUAAGCUAACCGACAAAGAUCAUUGUUACGUGUAAAAAAUUGAGUUGAAAAUAAAUUAGAGUUACUUAUGUUUUAAGUAUGAAAGUUACCCAAGUCGAUGAUUUUCCUUCUAUUGGUGUAC